AUGGCCGCGAUCGCCCGCUUCUUCGUCUGCUCCAACCUGCCCCCACAGACGAUCGACGAGCACCAGUUCAUCGAGCUCCUCCACCUCUGCAACCCGCUCAUCACCCGCUCCCUGCUCUUCACCCCCAACACGCUCACCCAGUUCAUCCACCAGAAAGCCCUGCUGGCCAAGCAGGCCCUCAAGCUCAGACUCGCCAAGAUCAGCCCGCCCACCCUCAGCUUCUCCUGCUCCCGAUCCACCCCCGCCGACCGCAACCACUCCCUCCUCGGCCUCGUCGUCCACUGGCUCGCCCCCGACCACAAACCGGCGCUCAGGAGCGUGCCCCUCGGCCUCCUCCAGCUCAGCCGCAAACCCUCCCCCCGCAACAUCGCCCAGGCCAUCCUCAAAAUACUUGCCGACUACGACCUCCAGCAUCGCAUCUUCUCCCUCACCAUCGACCACGUUCCCGAUCUCCACCACUUCGGCCGCAUCCUCGCCACACUCAUCCCCGGCUUCAAGCCCGAGAGUCAGCUCAUCGGAUGCAUGGGCUCCCUCAUCAACCGAUCUGCCGAGCUGCUCCUCCGAGACCUCUUCCCCACGAUCAUCAGUCGGCUCCAAAACCUCACCCUCCUCCUCCGCCAGUCGCCACAGAAGUCCGACUCGUUCGCCCGCAUCGUCGCCGCAGUCACCAGCAGCGACUCCCAGCCCCCCGGCCUGCUCACCCCGGCCAACACCUCCCGCUGGAACGCCACCUACCUCGUCCUCGCCCGCGCCUAUCAGCUCAAGGAGGCCAUCCAGAUCUUCUGUCUCAAGGAGGUCGGCUUCGCCCAGUUCCUCAUCCUCGACCAGGAGUGGGACAUCGUCAGACAGCUCUGCGACUUCCUCAAACCCAUGAACACCGCCGCGAACGAGAUCUCGUCCGAUAAGCCGUGCGAUAUGAUCACGGCUACACCCACCUUCUGCUGGCUGCUUCGCAGACUCAAUAAAGUGAGGAGGAACUACGAGGGGAGAGAGUUACUGGAGCCGGUCAAAGAGAUGCUCGACCGACUGAGCUCCUCGGCCACCCCGGGCAGGAUCGCCGAGAUCCAGAAGGCGUUCUACGAGUCCAGCAGACCGUACAGCCUCUAUCCGACCUUCAGGACCCACGGCCAAGGAGGCAGUGAUGUGAUAGUCGAUCCAUCCGCCCCCGCCCCCGCGUCCUCCGACCGUCUCGAAAUCGACCAUCCUCAUCCCCAACAACAACAACCACAAAGUGGCCAUCACAUGACCAAAAGACCCCGCGACAACGACGACUAUCGUCCGCAGAACGAUCCGGACGACUCGGACUCGGACUCGGACUACUCGUCGGGAAAGCCGCGGAUCUUCAAGAAGAAGCCCAAGCUGAUGAUCGGGCUGAAGGACGAGAUCGCGAACUACCUGGAGGUGGAGUGCGAGGAGUCGACCUGUGUGCCGCUGGAGUACUGGAGCGCCCACAGGGCCAAGUUCCCGUCGCUGUCGCUGAUGUCGAAGGACUUCCUGGCCGUCCAGGCGUCCGCCGGGAUGGCGUUUGCGAGCUGCGAGCGGCUGGGCCAGGUCCUGGAGGCCUUUCUUGCGGGCCCGUCUCUGGAGGCUCCCGGCGAGCCUUCGUCGUCGGCCGACGCGGCCGCCAGCCACGCGCGCGACUCGCCCGCCGUCCGCCCCCCGUCUUCCUCCCCGGCCCCAUACCCCACCGCCGCCCCGGCCGACCCGCGCCCGUUGAGGAUCCACCAUCCCCCGGCCGGGUUCCUCCAGCUGUCGGGGCCGGGGGUCGAGCACGACAUCAUCGUCUCCGCCCGGCCCGCCUCCUCCGACGCCCCCUCCAUCCCCGUCCAUCUCCCCCAUCCCGACGCUUCCCCCGCCCCGUCGGCCCCCCACCAAGCCCAGGAAAUCGACCCCUCCCUCCAACACCACGCCGGCCCGACCCUUGGCCCCCCCGCAACCGACGCCCCCGCCGCCGCCGCCGCCGUCCUCGCCCUCGACGCCUUCGGAUCGCCCCAGACCCACUUCGACGCCUGUCUCGACAUCGUCUGCUUGUACUAUUGGGCCUUCGCCCACGGCUUCGUCGACCUCUGA